GGUACACCAUGGAAACGGUGGAUAUAUUAAAUGCAUCUUCAACCGCGUUGCCCACGCAAGGCUACCGCUAUUCGAUACCACAGAUGGUCAUCAUUGCAAUCGUCGCCAGUAUCCUCAGCCUGUUGACGGUCAUUGGCAAUUGCAUGGUGAUGAUAUCGUUUAAAAUCGACAAACAGCUGCAGACGAUCUCCAAUUACUUUUUAUUUUCGCUGGCUGUGGCGGACUUUGCGAUUGGCCUGAUAUCGAUGCCCCUGUUUACGAUAACGACGAUCCUGGGAUAUUGGCCGCUCGGUCCACACAUAUGCGAUACGUGGCUGGCGCUAGACUACCUGGCGUCCAAUGCCUCCGUCCUGAACCUGCUGAUCAUCAGCUUCGACCGUUACUUCUCGGUCACGCGCCCGUUAACGUAUCGCGCGAAACGGACCACCGGACGGGCGGCGGUCAUGAUUGCAAGCGCGUGGGGCAUCAGCUUGCUCCUCUGGCCCCCUUGGAUCUACAGCUGGCCGUACAUCGAGGGGGAGAGAACAGUGCCUAAUACAGAAUGUUACAUUCAGUUCAUUGAAACAAAUCAUUACAUCACCUUCGGGACGGCGAUCGCCGCGUUCUAUGUGCCGGUCACUGUCAUGUGUAUAUUAUAUUUUAAAAUUUGGCGGGAGACGAAGAAACGGCAAAAGGAUCUGCCAAACCUGCAAGCCGGCAAGAAAGAUAGUUCGAAACGAUCCAAUUCCAGCGAUGAAGCGACGCAUGUAAAUCAUACCGGGGAAUGGGCGAGGCCGCGCAGCGAGUCGGCGGGCGACCCUGACGACGGCUGCGGGAACACGACCGACUCGGGAGGAACGUACGUCAAACGCACGGGGUUAGCGUUAUUUCUGUGGUACGCCUCAUGCGGAGGAGUUCGCGAGUGGUGCGUAGCUUGGUGGCACUCAGGCAGAGAGGAAUACUAUGAACCAGAUCCGGAAGAACCGUCAGAUCCUGGAUACGCGACUCCGGUCUCUAUCGAGACGCCGUUGCAGAGCUCAGUGUCGAGAUGCACUUCCCUGAAUGUGAUACGCGACCCAUACAUGACGACAACGGAAGGGCGAACCUCGCCGCUGCCGCCGACUUACCUCUCUCACGCCUCGUCGCCGCCAACUACUCAAGAUUCGGUUUACACCAUCCUGAUCAGGCUCCCCGGGGACGCAGACAAAGACGGACAAGAUCGCACGCCUUCCAUUAAAAUGAUAUCCGAAGAUAUACCUCUAGCUAUAGCUCAUAAAGCUUGUUCAUUAAAAGUCGAUAUGCAAUUAGAUCCAUUAUCAAGGAGAGCUUCGCAUGCCUCACACAUGCGUAUUCCGCUCAAUGCGAAAAUCAUUCCGAAACAGUUAGCUGAGAAACCGGUUGCAAUAAGCGCACAAGCUAGACAGCAGGCCAAAAAGAAGAAAAAAACGCAAGAGAAAAAACAAGAAACAAAAGCAGCGAAAACUCUUUCAGCCAUAUUAUUAUCAUUCAUCAUUACAUGGACACCUUAUAAUAUAUUAGUGUUGUUAAAACCAUUAACGGCUUGUACCGGGUGCAUACCUCAAGAACUUUGGGACUUUUUCUAUGCAUUGUGUUACAUUAACUCGACUAUAAAUCCCAUGUGUUAUGCAUUAUGCAAUGCUUCGUUUAGACGUACAUACGUACGAAUUCUCACGUGCAAGUGGCAUAAUCGAAAUCGUGAAGCCAUGACCAGAGGCGUUUACAAUUAA